AAAUCAGGUGGGACCAGUAGAUGGACAUGCCGACGGUCAAUCGCGCGCGCGACGAGUCGCUGUAAUAAGUCACGAGUGUGAAAUCCGUCGUCGUUACGGCACGUGCGUGGUGUUUCCACGACUCUGUUGGCGGAAUCAACAUCCCAAGGUCGUCGUGGUGGCCGGUGGCGGUAAGAGCAAGGUCGUCAGGGUCGCGAGGAGAAUGUGGAAGAAGGAUACGACCAGGCUGGCCAGACUGAUCGUCGUCGCCGCGCUGAUUUCCCUGACCAUUGACGGGACCGCCGCCGGAAGCUGCGGCUCCGCAAAGCUCUGUUGCCAAGGCAGGGACUCGGGCUGCGUCAUUCAGAAGGAGUCGCCGAACGCAAUUAUCGAGAGUCCGCGCGACAAGCCGUGCUACUGCGAUCACGCAUGUCUCAAGCUCGCCGAUUGCUGCGACGAUUUUAAGGAGACCUGCGGUGUGGUCGACUGCGUGGUAAGCGAAUGGAGCCCGUGGACUCCUUGCGAUAACGGAUGCGGAAGUGGCACUCAAAGGCGCAGCCGGGUGAUCGAGAUCGAGGAGAAGAAUGGUGGAAAGCACUGUCCGCACUUGGACCAGGAGAGGACGUGCCGCAGCUUCCAGAAAUGUCACGCUGGGAUUCGCUCGCAGCCACAUACUAAAAGUGUGACGCUUCUUGAGAUUUUUCCGGGCGACGGCAACAGUACGGAUGUAAGGAUCAAGGAUAGGAUCGUCGAUAAAAGAGGCAGCUGUAUCCCUUUCACCAUUACAUGGAGCUCACGGGGUUGUGGCAAGUUUUUGGAAUUGCUCUCGCAAGGUUUGUCGAUUUGCGUGGAGCGUCCUGGUAACGAGAGCCUGGACAAAUACGUGGGCGUGAACAAGUGGAAGCUGUCGACCAAUAUUGCUGAUAGCAGCAAUCGGUACGGCCAAUCGACCAAUUCGGUCUGCCACGGAAGAUGGUACGGCGAUUCGAAGCUGGUAGAUUGUCACGAUUGGCGUUGCAUCCGAAAAUCGACCCCGUACGCCAUUCAAUGGUUCCGACGCCGACGUCGCAGAGGAGCGAACAGCAACGCCGUCGUCAGCAAUGAUAGAGUCAUGAGAAGGCGAAGAAGAGGCAGACGACGGAAGAGGAGCAGAAGAAGAAGGCGCGACGUCGCCGUCGCGGGACGGUGAACGUUUUCUCCGGAGAUCUACGUUCUCCGACAGCUCUUGUGAGUGUCAUCGGUGUUAGAACCCCUUUCUCCUUCUCCCUCCUUUCUCUAUCUAUUGUUAUACAGGAUAUAUCGUGAGAUGUUGAAAACACUUCAAGAUCAGAUUCUUUGAGAAACACAAUUUUAACUUAAUCGAAAAGCCGAUUUUUGUUCGCAGCAAAAAUAUGGAGGCAAAAAAUUUAACAUUAGAACUAAUUGAAGGUCGAUCACCACUUCGCAAAUUAAGCUUCAAAGCUACAGGUAUAUUAGGUAAAUACAGAAAAAGCUUACUUGUUAUUUAAGUUUGAGUGCACUUUAAUAGGAUUUAAAUUUGAAACUAUUUCAUUACACUAAGGCAUUUAAUUUUAAGAAUUAGAAAG